AUGAUCCUAUAUUUGUUAAUAAAUUCUUUACAUGUUGAUGAUCUGAACUCAGGAGCUGACUCACUUGACUCAGCCGUUAAUUUUUAUCAAAAAUGUCAAGAUCGAUUAAAAGAAGCUGGCUUUACUCUUAGAAAAUUUGAAUCGAACUGCAAACAACUUGAAAACCUUGUUAAUGAACAAAAUUUUACCUCCUUUAAUCUUACUAAAGUAUUAGGCUUAUUAUGGAAUAAAAAAGAAGACAACUUAAUAUUUGAUUUUAGAAACUUGACACACAAUGAUGACUCGAUUCUAACGAAACGUAAAGUUCUUCAGUUUAUUGCAAGUGUUUAUGACGCACUUGGUAUAGUUAAUCCAUUUAUAGUCAAGUGUAAAGUAUUCUUUCAAAAACUAUGUAUCAAAAAACUUAAUUGGGACAAGCCUUUUGAGGGAAAAAUGUUAUUGGUGUGGCAAGCCAUUAUCAAUGACAUUCAAUCCUCUAAACCCAUUAUCAUUCCAAGGUGGUACCAUAAUAAUUAUUCAAAUCAUGUGGUUGACUUUUCAUUGCAUGGAUUUAGUGAUGCCAGUAGUAUAGUAUUUAGUUGUUGUAUAUACUUGUGUUCCUUUGAUGAUAAGCACAAAGUAUGUUCACUUAUAAUUGCUAAGUCUAGGAUUGACCAAAAUAAAAAUACCUCUAUUCCCCGACUUGAGUUAAAGGCAGCCCUAUUAUUAGCUAAAACUAUGUCAACAGUUUAA